ACCUCUCCGGAGACUGGUGGAGUCGGGCGGGAAGUUUUAAAGCAGUUUCACGUCGGGCCUCACCCCAGAUUUUCUGAUUUAAUUCCUCCCAAGUGAGUCCCGGCAUUGGUUCAAGCUUCCCUCGUGAUUCCAAAGUUGCGGGCUGAGAAAGUCUAAGCAAAUUGACCUUGAAGUCCUUUCACAGAGGAACAGAGGGAAGUUUGAAAAAGGACUAGAUAUUCUGAAGCCCUGGUCUAUAGCUGGAAUGCUUGCCGACUCCUCUGCAAAUUUCUAAGGCUGAGACCCUGAGGAACCCAGCUGGAGAAUGCCAUCUGAACGCUUCCUCAGUAUUCAAGAAAUGCUGACAGGCCAGAGGCUCUGCCACUCAGAAUCUCACACUGAUAGCGUCCUGGCAGCGCUGAAUCAGCAGAGAAGUGACGGCAUCCUCUGCGAUGUCACCCUGAUUGCUGAGGAACAGAAAUUCCACGCUCACAAGGCAGUCCUAGCAGCCUGCAGCGACUACUUCCGGGCCAUGUUCAGUCUUUGUAUGGUGGAAAGUGGUGCCGACGAGGUGAAUUUACACGGUGUGACCAGCCUCGGCUUAAAGCAAGCUCUGGAAUUUGCAUACACAGGACAGAUUUUGUUGGAGCCAGGCGUGAUCCAGGAUGUGUUAGCAGCUGGCAGUCACCUACAGCUGUUGGAGCUUCUCAAUUUAUGUUCCCACUAUCUCAUCCAGGAAUUAAAUAGCUUUAAUUACUUGGAUCUGUACAGACUUGCUGACCUCUUUAACCUCACUUUGUUGGAGAAGGCAGUGAUCGAUUUCUUAGUGAAACAUCUCUCUGAGCUCCUGAAGAGUCGCCCAGAAGACAUUCUAACGCUCCCUUAUUGUCUGCUUCAGGAGGUCCUGAAGAGCGACCGCCUGACCUCCUUGAGUGAACAGCAGAUAUGGCAGCUAGCUGUGAGGUGGCUGGAACACAGCUGCCAUUACCAGUACAUGGAUGAGCUCCUGCAGUACAUCCGCUUUGGCCUGAUGGACGUGGACACCCUCCAUACAGUUGCCCUGUCCCACCCCCUCGUCCAGGCAAGUGAAACCGCAACAGCUCUUGUCAACGAGGCCCUGGAGUACCACCAGAGCAUCUACGCACAGCCCGUGUGGCAGACUCGCAGGACCAAACCGCGCUUCCAGUCAGAUACUCUGUACAUCAUUGGUGGGAAGAAGCGUGAGGUCUGUAGAGUCAAGGAACUUAGGUACUUCAAUCCCGUGGAUCAGGAGAAUGCCCUCAUAGCUGCCAUUGCCAACUGGAGUGAGCUGGCUCCCAUGCCCGUGGGAAGGAGCCACCAUUGUGUGGCAGUCAUGGGGGACUUCCUGUUUGUAGCAGGAGGGGAAGUCGAGCACGCCAGCGGCCGGACGUGUGCCGUGAGGACUGCCUGUCGCUAUGACCCCCGCAGUAAUUCCUGGGCAGAGAUAGCACCCAUGAAGAACUGCCGGGAGCAUUUCGUUCUGGGAGCCAUGGAUGAGUACCUCUAUGCAGCUGGGGGCAGAAAUGAACUGCGCCAGGUUCUGCCGACCGUUGAGCGAUAUUGCCCCAAGAAGAACAAGUGGACUUUCGUCCAGCCCUUUGACCGGUCCCUCUCCUGUCACGCUGGCUACGUGGCUGACGGUCUUCUUUGGAUAUCAGGUGGAGUAACUAACACGGCACAAUAUCAGAACAGACUAAUGGUAUAUGAACCUAACCAGAAUAAGUGGAUAAGCCGCAGCCCCAUGCUGCAGAGGCGGGUCUACCAUUCCAUGGCUGCUGUUCAAAGGAAGCUUUAUGUUCUUGGAGGCAAUGACCUGGACUACAAUAACGACCGGGUCCUCGUGCGGCAUAUAGAUGCCUACAACAUGGACGCUGACCAGUGGACGCGUUGUAAUUUUAACCUGUUGACUGGCCAAAAUGAAUCUGGAGUUGCUGUCCAUAAUGAGAGAAUAUAUUUAGUGGGUGGAUAUUCGAUUUGGACAAACGAGCCUCUGGCUUGCAUCCAGGUAUUGGAUGUGAGUAGAGAAGGCAAAGAAGAAGUAUUCUACGGGCCUACACUUCCUUUUGCUUCCAAUGGAAUAGCGGCAUGCUUCCUCCCAGCUCCGUAUUUCACAUGCCCUAACCUUCAAACUCUUCAAGUGCCUCAUCACAGGAUUGGCACCAUCUGAAAAGCCAGUGCUCUCUUAACAACCAGCAUGAACACGAGGAAGAAAAAGGCCUGACUUUUGGAUACUGGGCAUGAAAAUACUCAGUGCUCAAUGCUUCCUUGUUUUGUUUUCUAGAUCUUCCAUUCAGAUAAACAUUAGCAAAAAAUGAACAGUUUUCUAAAAUACACAUUAUUGAAAACGCUUGUCACGCUUCUCAGUGUGUGUCAAUAUACAGCACAAUAUGUAUGACUUUUAUGGUGGUGUAGCUUAGUGCUAACUUAAUGGUCCAUGGAUCUUUUAAGCAUUCUUUGUACACUUUGUCUAAUCAGUGCUGUCCAGGACAUUACCCUCUUAGUAAGGCAGUUUAUUCCACAAGUACUGCCAUCAAUGAUCUUAAAAAAAAAUUGUCAGUACUUAAUCUCUUUACUACUUAAGCCUGGGAUUGUAAUUUUUCUUUUAAAAAUUUAACAUUAUACAGCCCUGCUGUAUAAGUAGAGGCUCAUCAUUAUGACAUCAUAAAUUUUUAAAUGCCAUAUUUUAUUCAAGGUAAUACAAAUAAUAGAAGUACACCAGAACAGCAGAUGGAAUACCCAGAUUUUUCACCUUGGUUGCUCUGUUACCUUGGGCCAGGAGCUUAACUUUACAUUGCUUCAGUUUUCUCACUUUUUAAGGAGGGCAAUUAUUGAUUUCCAUAUUAAUUCAGAAGAAUGUUUUAAGGAUUAGGCAAAUGCUCUGAAGUACUUUGCCUAAGGAAAAAAAAUGUCACUCAAAUUACAAGGUAUUUUACUGUUUUAGAACCUUGUAACUGAAAAAGAUUAUUUUUGAAGUUUAAAAAUUACUAGAUAGAACUUGGAACACAAGCUAUGAGAUAAAUGAUUCUGAAAAGCAUGUGAAAGAGACAUGCUAAUUAUGAAAAAGGGAGUUUACUAAAGCCAAAGAUUCCUAAACUUGUAUAAACACUUGCCUAAAAUAAUAAGUCUCUCAAACAUUUCAUCUAAGCUCAUUUAGUGAAAAAUGACAUUUUAAAGCUCAGAAAAAAUUAGUUGUACUAAUUUCGGUACCAUAAAGUGCUCUGACAUAAAUUUGAACCUAGUAUCAGUAGUUCUAAUAAAAGUUUUUCCACUUUGUUAAAGGUUAUGUCAAUCUUGAGCACUUGUGGGAUUCUUCUCUACCACCAAUACAUAUUUUAUUACUACCAUUUUUAAUAAUGCAUGAGAAUUUUUUUAGGCUAGGUUUUUGGAUUUGCUUUGUCUAUAACAAAAAAUAAAAAAUAAAACAACUCAAUAAUCGUAUUUGAACAUAAAUUCAACAAGUAUAACAUGAGUUUUCCCCCUUAAUCUUGUUAGGAUAAGUCACCUUUAUUAAAAGGAAGAUUUUACUUUUUUUCCUUAGUUUAAUCAUUCAGCAAUCCUUGCUUAAUGGGAAAUUGUCAUUUUAUUCAUGUAACCACUUUUAGUAAUCAGAAGUGAAAAAAAAUAUUUUUA